CAUCCUUACUGGAACAACCAUUUGCCUAUCGGUUUUGUCAGUCUGCUAGACGGUUACUCCCAUCAUUUAUUAUACCUUUAUCCCAAUCUUAGCAAUACACUUCCUGUAACUUUCUCUCUUUGACCCUAUUCCUCUCUUUAUCUCUUCUUGUCUUACUGCAUUAUAUAAAUCCCUCUUCUUCCGCUCUUAAUUCUAACUCACUCAUCACAUCCACAUUGUGGUAGAGCUCUCCCUCUAUCAAUCAGCAAUGGAGGAAAGCAAUGGUUCUUCAUUUUCGAGCUUGGGAGCUUAUGGUAAAGCUUUGAUCGAGACUCCGAAGCGUUUAUGUGUACGGGCUGGUUCGGUAUCGACUACUUAUGAAGAAAUGAGUAGGAUUCGUGCAAGGUCUGGUUCGAAUAUGCAGAAAACAUUGAGAUGGUUUGAUUUGGUUGGUUUUGGUAUUGGGGGGAUGGUUGGUGCUGGUGUUUUUGUUACCACUGGUCGUGCUAGUCUUCUCUAUGCUGGUCCAGCUAUUGUUUUAUCUUAUGCUGUUGCUGGACUCUGUGCACUUCUAUCUGCUUUUUGUUACACUGAAUUUGCUGUUGAUAUGCCUGUUGCUGGUGGUGCUUUCAGUUACCUUAGGAUCACUUUUGGUGAAUUUGCUGCAUUUAUAACUGGUGCUAAUUUGGUAAUGGAGUAUGUAGUUUCUAAUGCAGCCAUUGCUAGAAGUUUUACAGCUUAUUUAGGCACUUCAAUUGGGGUACAUACAACUCAGAAGUGGAGAUUCACAGUUUCAGGAUUACCCAAAGGGUUUAAUGAAAUUGAUUUCGUUGCCGUCAUAGUCGUAUUGAUCAUUACUCUCUGUAUUUGUUACAGUACAAAGGAGAGUUCAGUAUUGAAUAUGGUGUUAACAGCAAUCCACAUCCUGUUUAUUGGUUUUAUAAUAUUCGUUGGAUUUUGGAGAGGAGAAUUGAAGAAUUUUACAGAACCAUCAAAUCCGAAAAAACCAGAUGGUUUUUUUCCAUAUGGAAUAUCAGGAGUGUUUAGUGGUGCAGCAAUGGUUUAUUUAAGUUAUAUUGGAUAUGAUGCUGUAUCAACAAUGGCCGAAGAAGUUAAGAAUCCAAAAAAAGAUAUACCAAUUGGUGUUUCUGGUUCAGUUGUUAUUGUCACAGUUCUCUACUGUGCAAUGGCCGCUUCAAUGUCUAUGCUGGUCCCUUAUGAUGCGAUUGAUACGGAGGCGCCAUUUUCAGCAGCAUUCCGAGGAUUAUCCGACGGAUGGGGAUGGGUUUCCAAUCUGAUUGGUGUGGGGGCCAGUUUCGGAAUAUUGACAUCCCUAUUGGUGUCCAUGCUGGGUCAGGCUCGGUAUCUCUGCGUAAUCGGACGGUCGAACGUUGUUCCCGCCUGGUUCGCCAAGGUGAAUCCAAGAACGUCUACACCUAUCAAUGCUUCUGUCUUUCUUGGAAUUUUUACGGCCGCAAUAGCGCUGUUCACAGACCUUGAAGUUCUAUUGAACCUCGUAUCUAUCGGUACACUGUUUGUUUUCUACAUGGUAGCUAAUGCAGUCAUUUACAGACGGCACGUAUCGACAGGGACGACAAAUCCAUGGCCAACAUUAUCUUUCCUAUUAAGUUUCUCGCUCACAUCCAUCCUUUUUACCUUGAUAUGGCAAUUUGCCACACCAGGGAAGCCUAAAGCAGUAUUGCUUGGUAUAUGUACAGUAAUUGGUGUGGUAAUAAUACAAAUAUUUCAUUUUAGUGUAAAACAAGUUAGGAAACCAGAGUUUUGGGGAGUCCCAUUGAUGCCAUGGAUACCGUCGAUUUCGAUAUUUUUGAACAUAUUCUUGUUAGGAUCUCUUGAUGGAGCUUCUUAUGUGAGGUUUGGGUUCUUCUCAGUUCUUGCAGUGCUAGUAUAUGUUUUUUACAGUGUCCAUGCUAGUUUCGAUGCCGAGGGAGAUGGGUGUUUUGAUGAGAAGAUUCAGGAAAUGAAGAAAUACAAUCAAGAAGAAGAACCAAAUCAAAAUAGUAAUUUUGAUGCUAAUAACAGUCUAAAAGUGUAAAGGGGAGGUUUAAUUAUGCAAGCACAUUUACAUUCGUAGUUUUUUUUUUUAAUCUCAAGAAGGAUGGGGUGUGUGGAUGAUUAUAGAGAAGCGUGGGAAAAGGAUAGAGAGGGAGAUGUCACAUAUUUGUAAGUAUGAACAGAAUGAUCUGUGGGGUUGAUGUAAUUUUUUGACAUGCAUAUAUAUAAAAGAUGCCCCAUUUUCAGUUA